CCGGGGCGCGCACUCGGCCCGGCCCGGGCCCCAGCAUGGCUGAGCCGCUGCUCAGGAAAACCUUCUCCCGCCUGCGGGGCCGGGAGAAACUUCCCCGGAAAAAGUCGGACGCGAAGGAGCGCGGACGCCCAGCCCAGCAUCUGGAGCCUACCCCUCUGGAGCCAGAGCCCCAGGCUCCUGAAGGGUCAAAGGCCGGAGCAGAGGGAUCCUCCAGCCCUGAGGCAUCUCGGAGUCCAGGUCGGGGGGCCUACCUGCAGAGCCUGGAGCCCAGCAGUCGCAGAUGGGUGUUGAGUGGAGCCAAACCACCUGAAGAGGCUUCUUUGGGGCCCAGGACACCUAGCAUUGGGGAGCCUGCAGGUGAAAUCUGGUAUAAUCCCAUCCCUGAGGAAGACCCCAAACCCCUGACACCUGAGGUACAGGGGCCACAGUCAGGUUCAAGUGAACCAGAGGAUGCUGCCCCACAAGGUGCAGCCCCCGCCAGCUCCCCAACCAAAGCCUCCCGCACCAAGUCCCCAGGGCCAGCCAGGCGCCUCUCCCUGAAGAUGAAAAGGCUGCCUGAGCUACGGCGCCGCCUGAGCCUGCGGAGCACCCGUGCUGGCCGAGAGCGAGAGCGCGCAGCCCCCGCGGGCUCGGUCAUCAGCCGUUACCACCUGGACAGCAGCGUCGGGGGGCCGGGGCGGGCGGCAGUGGCCGGGGGCGCGCGGGGUCCACCGCCAGGUUACCUCAGCGAUGGCGAUUCGCCUGAGCGCCCAGCGGGGCCCCCGUCGCCCACCGCCUUUCGGCCCUAUGAGGUGGGCCCGGCGGCCCCCGCACCCCCAGCCGUACUGUGGGGCCGCCUCAGCCUACACCUGUACGGACUGGGGGGCCUGCGGCCGGCGCCCGGGGCCACCCCGCGAGACCUCUACUGCCUGCUGCAGGUGGAUGGAGUGGCCCGAGCGCGCACAGGGCCGCUGCGUGGGGGAACGGACUUCUUGCGGCUGGACCAUACAUUCCACUUGGAGCUCGAAGCUGCCCGGCUACUGCGGGCCCUGGUUCUGGCAUGGGAUCCUGGAGUGCGGCGGCACCGGCCCUGCGCCCAGGGCACCGUGCUGCUACCCGCGGUCUUCCGAGGAUGUGAAGCCCAGCAGCUGGCGGUGCGCCUUGAGCCCCAGGGUCUGCUGUAUGCCAAGUUGACCCUGUCAGAGCAGCAAGAAGUACCAGGCACAGUGGAGCCGCGAGUCUUCGGGCUGCCCUUGCCACUGCUGGUGGAGCGGGAGCAGCCCCCAGGCCAGGUGCCCCUCAUCAUCCAGAAGUGUGUUGGGCAGAUUGAGCGCAGAGGGCUGCGGGUGGUGGGGCUGUACCGUCUGUGUGGCUCAGCAGCUGUGAAGAAAGAGCUUCGGGAUGCCUUUGAGCGGGACAGUGCAGCCGUCUGCCUCUCUGAGGACCUGUACCCUGAUAUCAAUGUCAUCACUGGCAUCCUCAAGGAUUAUCUUCGGGAGUUGCCCACCCCACUCAUCACCCAGCCCCUCUAUCAGGUGGUGCUGGAGGCCAUGGCCCGAAGGCCCCCAAGCAGGGCUCCCUCUAGCACUGAGAGCACAAGGGAUCUCCUCAGCUGCCUGCCGGAUGUGGAGAAGGCCACACUGACGCUUCUCCUGGACCACCUGCGCCUCGUUUCAUCCUUCCAUGCCCACAACCGCAUGACCCCGCAGAAUCUAGCGGUGUGCUUUGGUCCCGUGCUACUGCCGGCGCGCCAAGCACCCGCCAGAACCCGCAUUCGCAGCUCAGGCCCGGGCAUCACCAACGCAGUGGAUUUCAAGCGCCACAUCGAAGUGCUCCAUUACCUGCUGCAGGCUUGGCCAGAUCCUCGUAGAUCUCCGGAGCCUCCGGACCUCGCCCCGUGCCUGAGGCCCAAACGACAACAGUCGCUGCACUUGCCGCUAGCGAGCCCCGAGGUAGUGACUCGGUCCCGCGGCCGAAGCGGCCCCGAGAGUCCCCCGAGCAACCGCUACGCCGGCGACUGGAGCGUUUGUGGGCGGGACUUCCUACCCUGUGGGCGGAACUUCCUGUCUGGGCCCGACUACGACCACGUGACAGGCAGCGACAGCGACGACGAGGACGAGGACGAGGAGACCGGCGAGCCUACCGGCGCCGCUGACUUCGAGGACGAAUUCGAUGCGCCCUUCAACCCGCACCUGAAUCUCAAAGACUUUGACGCCCUCAUCCUGGACCUAGAGAGAGAGCUCUCUAAGCAGAUCAACGUGUGCCUCUGAUCCGGGCGGGGCGGGCCCUUGGUUCUAAGGACCGGGCUUCGGGCGUCUAAGGCGGUGCCCUAACGACGGGACCAGACCUGCCUCUCUAGCCUCGUUCCUGGUAGGUGCGCGUUACCAGUGACCGGCCGGCCGCUUGCUGAGCAUUGCUUCCAGUGCGCAGUCUCUGGCCCUGGUUGCAAAGGACAGGAUUUUCUGGGGAUUUUCCGGGACCAGUUGUUGCCAUUUUUUCUGAGCACCAAGGGUUUCUUCUCUUGCUGCCAAAAGGCAGUUCUUCCGCUUGCUAGGCUGGCCUCUCUUGCCUCCCUUGACUGGUGAAUCAGUUACUGUGAGCAUCACCCUGGGAUCGUGUGACAGCACACCCCUCUCUUGUCCUUUUGCUGCUGCCAACCAAAUCAGUAUUAGCUUUGAGCACUGCACUCUGCUUCUCCCUCCCUUGGGGGACCCAAGGACUACCGUGAGGUGUCCUUUGGGUCAGAGUGGGGGGCAGCCCCUAUUCUGAAUUCCGGCUAGAUAGGGACAGCCUGGAAAACCCCACAGUUACCUCAAAACCAUAUGGAGAAAGCAGAGUCUGGCCCAUCCCCACCUCCCAUUUUUCUUUCCCAUCCCUGAAAAAAAAAUGAGCACUUAUAAGACCUCCCUUUUGGAGGGGCCCCACCUGAAGUGUCAGGCUGGGGGCACUUUGGUACGGAACAUAUUUAUUGCCUCCGUGCAUGUGUGUCUGUGUGUGAGGGCUAGUGUGCAUGGACAUGUCUGGGGCAGGCAUGUAGGGCUCUUUCAGGGACCACAUGGGGGUAGAGUUCACAAGGCCCAGGCACCCUGAAAUACCAAGUUGAUGCCUCAGUGGUCCCCAGAGAUCCAGUGAGAGAAUAGGGUCCCCUCUGUCAGCCCCCCUUCUUCCCUCACUUCCAUCUUUGUGGACAAUAAAUCAAUAUGCACAGGUUCUGAAUGAGUAAUCGGGCCCACAUGGACCACAGAUGAUUUAUUAAGUAUGUAAGAAAUGGGGAAAGGGCACAGCUGGGCCCACAAAAAGAAGUCCCGGUACUGCCAGAGAGCCGAUCUGAGCCUGGGGGGGGCGUGGAGG